AUGAGACUUUCGACCGCUACCCUCUUGGCCCUUGCAGCCUCAACUGUUCAGGCUGGUGAUUUCAACAACACCCUUGGUAACUCUGACCUCUCCUGUGUUGGAACCUUCGUUUUCGGAAGACACAAUGACAGAACAGCCAAGCCAUCCACCGUUCUUACCAACUACGGAGCCACCAGACAGGUUGCUUCGGGAAGCCUGUUCAGAGAGCGUUACUUUGGUCUCAAGGGAGCAAACACCACAGUCAAAUCUGACUACAAGAUUGACGGUUUGAACAGUGAAGGUGUUUUCGUUUACGGUGACACUUAUGCCCAGGCCCCUGCCUCGACUGUAAUCAUGUACUCCAUGAUCUCUUUCAUGCAGGGUCUUUACCCCCCCACGCAAGCCUGGCAAACAGAUGCCGCCCUUGCCGAUAAAAUGGACGAGGAAAUGUCCAACGGCACUGUUGUGGAAUCACCAUUCAAUGGAUACCAGUACGUGUUCAUGGAUAUCCAGCAAGACGACUCCGAGGACUACAUCUGGAUCAAUGGUGAUGACAGCUGCCCCAACUCUGACAACGCUAUUGCCGGCUUCAACAAAACCGAGUUUUUCAAGGAGAUGAAUGCUUCCACCUACGAUUUUUACAAGUCCCUCGGAUCCAUUAUCCCCAACUCCUCUUAUGCCCACUCCAAGCUUAAUUUCAAGAACGCAAUGAACGUCUAUGACUUCAUGCAUGUGAACUACAUCCACGACGAGGAUCUGGCUAAGAACUGGAAUGAAACUAUAAUGCACAAGGUGUCUUAUCUGGCCGAUGCUGCACAAUGGGGAAUUUCCUAUAACGCUUCCAAUGCCACUGAUCCUCUCACCCUUGGAGGACAAUCGUUGUUGGGCGGAGUUGCCAACUACUUGAAUGCUACCAAGACCGCUGGUUCCCCUUACAUCAACUACUUUGUCGGUUCGUUCAACACAAUGUACCAAAUUGGUGGGUUGUUGCAGUUGAAUGAAGUCUCAGAUAAUUUCACUGGAAUGCCAGACUACGGAUCCGUGUAUGUGUUUGACCUGCUCCACAGCAACAGCACUAGUGACUACUACGUCCAGUUCUCCUUCAGAAACGGCACCAACGAUGGCUCCAAGUUGGAGGUAUAUCCAUUAUUUGGAUCUGACGAAGACCUCAUGUCUUGGAGCAACUUCACCUCUAAUAUCGACAAAGUGUCUAUCCGCAACGUUGAGGACUGGUGCGCUGCUUGCGGCUCCACCUCUGAGAGAUGUACCGUCUACUCCACCUUGUACGAGAGUGCUGAAUCCUUGGAGAACAAGAACGUUUCGCUCUCUGAGCUUGCCAGCGGCGAUUACUCUUCGCUUGACAUCAACACUCCAAGCCUUUCCAAUGCAGCUGCUGGAGGAAUUGGCGCUGGUGUGACAAUUGGUGUGUUCUUGUUGGUUGGUGGAUUUGCCUACCUGCUUUACAGAAGCAAGAAGGGCAGUUCUUCCGUUUUGCCAACAAGUUUCCACAAGGAGACCGGAAUGGAUGCUCCAAGUGUGACCUCUAAGGGAUCUACUUUGUAA